GUUUAGAGUGUGAAUGUGAUGAUGAGUACCGAGUAAGGGGCAUUAUGGCCAACACAAAAAGGUAGUAAGAAAACAAGCAGCUGUAUGCUUGGGGUUUUGUGUUGUGUUGUGCAAGAGUGAAGAGUGAAGAGUGAAGUAACAAAACAAAAAGAGCUGAGGGAAAGUCGUGGGAACGAAGAAGCCAACAAAGACAGACCAGGGAGAAAAGGAAAAAGCCCUUAUGCUUUUUUGGGUUUGUUUCUCACCAGCUUGAGUUGUUUAGAGAUUGCUGAUGUUGGUGCUCUUCGUUGUGGCAGAAGCUCAUCUUUAGCAUUGUGGCAGUGACCUGAGUGAGCAUCUAGCUGUUUGAGUAGAAAAUAUGAGCUAUAGUGGCUCCUCAAUGAGUUCUGGUAGUGGAUCUUCUAGAAGGACAUUUGAGUUUGGAAGGACUCAUGUGGUCAGACCUAAAGGGAAACAUCAGGCAACUAUAGUUUGGCUACAUGGCCUUGGUGAUAAUGGCUCAAGCUGGUCCCAACUCUUGGAAACUCUUCCUCUUCCAAAUAUUAAAUGGAUUUGCCCAACUGCUCCUACACGGCCUGUAGCCUUAUUUGGUGGAUUUCCUUGCACUGCUUGGUUUGAUGCUGGGGAGAUUUCAGAAGAUGCUCCUAUUGAUUUGGAGGGGUUAGAUGCUUCUGCAGCACACGUUGCCAAUCUUUUGUCAACAGAGCCUCCAAAUAUCAAACUUGGUAUCGGGGGCUUCAGUAUGGGUGCUGCAACUGCACUUUACUCAGCUACAUGCCAUAUUUUGGGGCACUAUGGGAAUGGAAACAUUUACCCUAUCAACUUAAGUGCUAUUGUUUCUUUAAGUGGCUGGCUUCCUUGUUCAAGGACUUUGAAAAACCAAAUUGAACAAUCACGCGAUGGCAUAAGGCGUGCAGCAUUGUUGCCCUUGUUUCUCUGCCAUGGAAGAGGUGAUGAUGUGGUUGCAUAUGAACAUGGAGAGAGGUCUGCAGUGACCUUGAGUUCAUCAGGAUUCCAGAAUCUUAUAUUUAGGAGCUACAACGGAUUGGGCCACUAUACAGUCCCCGAAGAGACAGAUGAAGUUUGCAGGUGGCUAACUGCAAAUUUGGGACUGGAGGGGUUUCGGUUGAAUUAGAGUAAAGCUCAACAAGGUCAUAGAUUAUAAAACCUUAGUUUUAGGCAAUGAAAAGAGGGGCUAUAGAAUACAUAGUGGUGUGGUGGGGUGGGGUGGGGUAUAUUGGUAAUGGUAUAGCCGCUUUGUUCUCUCUCUUAUAUUCUCAUUGUACUAAAUAAAUGUUUUUUGAUCCAAGGGUCACUCACUAUCUUUAUUGCUUUGGGAUUUGGUGGGAAUGCUUUGGUGGAAGGACAUGGAUAGUUUCCUUUGCAUCCAGCAAAUUUUGUUUAUUUCAUUCGGGCAUGGAUAUGUAUGUUGCUUUCUGUAUUCAUAUUGUCUAAAUAAAGUCAAAUUUUAGUAAGUCAUAUUUAUCAA